AUGCCGCUGCACAGGGGAGACAGGAACCGGGCCCUGCUGGUGUCUGUGGCACAGUUUGACUAUGGCGUGAGUCUGUCGCGGAGGCCUGGAGUGAGCAAAGACGAGAAGAAGCUCCACAAGACACUCAGCAAACUGGGCUUCAAGGUGGACAUCCACAGAGACCUGAGCUGUGAGGAGAUCCACCAGCUCUUCAUGGAAGAGAGCCAGCAGCCAGUGAAAGACUGCUUCCUGGCUGUCCUGUCGUCUCAUGGGAGUGAGGGCUGUAUCUUUGGGGCAGAUGGGAAACCAGUUCGACUUUCUCACAUCUUCAACUACUUUGACAACAAGUGCAUGGAAAACAAAGCCAAGCUGUUCUUCAUACAGGCUUGUCGUGGGGAUGGUCUGGAUGUGGGCGUUGAGGUCGACUCAGUGGACGCUGCACAGGAGACGUUUUCACCUGAUCCAUCGGUGCCCAUAGACACCGCUGUCGUAUACGCCACUCCACCAGGUUACGCUGCUUUUUCGCACCCUCAAGGAUCAGUUUUUCUCCAAACACUUGUCACAAUGCUGGAGGAAAACGGCAACAGAAACCUGGAGCUCACACGCCUGAUGACGCGCCUGUGCCACCGGGUCGCCUACACGUUCCAGGCAAAAGGUCACUACGCCGGAUUGAAAGAAAUGCCCUGCUUGCUGUGGCGCAUGACCAGAGAUGUGUAUCCCUUUGCAGAGGCAGGCAAAGACACUGGAGCCUUAGGACUAGCAACAAGUGCGUUGAUCGACACGGAAUAUACCAGAAAGAGAAUUCCAUCCAUCAGUUAG